UUUGAAAAAUCUGUUGUGUGACCGCAGCGGUUUUAUUGGUAUGCCACCAUUACAGCAGAUUUAACCAUUAAGGUUACAUGUCAUAUGGGUGUUGCUGUGUUACAGAGCUUAGAUGUGGGAGUUAUCUUGACUGUAGCUAUGUGGCAGCAUAGAUAGAAUGAAAGAAAAUAUUUAGAUGCGUUUGUUUCUUUCUUUUUUAAACAGUUUAUGAACUAUGACAGUGUGAUCCUGACCGUUACACUUCUGGCACACAUCAAACUGUUGCAUGGUUAGAGGCUGCCGCAACAUCGCUUAUGCAAAAAUGUCUUUAUGUUUUCAGAAACCAGCUUAUGAAAUGCAACAGUGUGAUUGUGAAUGGGUACACAGACAUUAGAACAUUAUUUAAAUUGUAUUUAUAUAGCACCAAAUCAUAUCAACAGGGCACUUUAUACUGUAAGGUAAAGAUCCCACAAUAAUACAGACAAAACCCCACAGUCAGCAAGCACUUGGCAACAGUGGGAAGGAAAACUCCCUUUUGACAGGAAAAAAUCUCUGGCAGAACCAGACUGGCUGGAGGAAGACGAGACAAAAAAGAGAGCAGCAGAUUAAGAAGAGAGAUUAAUAAUAACUAAUGAGUAAAUGCAGAGUACGCACAUAUUGAGUAAAAAAAGUUCCCACUUUUUUAAAGUAUAGUCACAACCGGCUCACUGGAAUACUCCGGAAGAGUAUGGAAAGUAUAAACAUUUUAUAUUUAGUCAAUUUAACAUGGUAAAAACAGUGAAAGCGUCGAUCUGGAGCUUAGUGCAGCCGCUACGCACGAAGCAGUGGGAGAGAGGAAGGAGAAGGAGGAGACAGUGAUUGCACUAUUUCUGACGUCAGAAUCUUGCCGCAGAGAUAAGCCGCGAGGCUUAAUAUUAACUACAAUGUUCCUUCUUUCAAAAAGAGCGACAGCGCGCCAAGGGAUUGUCGAGCUGAUGAACAGAGACGCUUUGCGAGACGCAUUCCAAACACUUUUCUCGUUCUGCGCACCGACUCUGGCGCAGUGCACGAACCAGAGCCCAAACUAUGAGCUGAGCAGAUAAGAGCUGUGGUGGAUGAAUUGGCCAGCGGUCGUGUAAACGCACAAACAGAAGAUGGGAACGGCGGGCGAGGAUCUGCUCGUGACACUCCAGAUACUACCCGGUUUCUUUUCCAACUGCCUCUUUCUUGCCCUGUACGACUCGGUGGUUCUGCUGAAGCGCGUCGUUUCGCUGCUCAGCUCUCGGUCCGCCGGCUGCGGAGAGUGGCGCCGCAUGCUGACCUCGGCGGGACUGCGCUCCAUCUGGAACAGCUUCCUCCUGGACGCCUACAAGCAGGUGAAACUUGGCUGUGAGGCACCCAAUUCCAAAGUGGUGAAGGUGCCUGAUGGCCCUCGGUGGAGCAGCACCAUCAGAAUCCAAAAUGGGGGUGAGUGCAGACUUCUGGAUUUUGAGUCAUCAGAUCGCCCCCUGGUGGUCAACUUUGGCUCAGCCACCUGACCCCCCUUCAUCAGCCACCUGCCGGCUUUCCGGCAGUUAGUGGAAGACUUCAGCGAUGUGGCUGAUUUCCUGUUAGUGUACAUUGAUGAGGCUCAUCCAUCUGAUGGCUGGGUGGCCCCUCCCAUGGGUUCUUGCUCCUUCAGUUUCCGGAAACACCAGAACCUGGAGGAAAGGAUGGGAGCGGCACGUCAACUCACUGAGCACUUUUCUUUGCCGCCGCAGUGUCAACUAGUCGCUGACUGCAUGGACAACAAUGCUAAUGUGGCUUACGGUGUGUCCAACGAACGGGUGUGUAUAGUGCAACAAAAAAAGAUUGCCUACCUGGGGGGUAAAGGGCCAUUUUUUUACAAUCUGAAGGAUGUGCGCCAGUGGCUGGAACAGAGUUAUGGUAGACGGUAGGAGGAUUAAAAGUGCCUUUUUAAAAUUUUGAAAACAGAGAUUAUUUGGUUUUGUAAGAAUGUGUUGUGAUGGUAUUCUUUACCAUAAAGCUGUAAAAUUCAAACAAAGGGCCCCUUUUACCAAAAAAGGGGGGAAAAGGGCAAAGGCAAGAGACAACUCAACCAGCAUCUUAAUUAAGUAAACCUCACCCUCCUCACCUCAAGCCUUACCUCCUGAACUAAAGUCAAGUCUUUUCCAUACAAAUAUUGUGCAUAAACGUGCGUAUUUAUUUCAGAUUUUGUCAGAAUUACUUACUGUCAGCAGAUCAGACAUGCGACCCUCCCAUCUCCAGACAGCUGACAAGAGCAGUUAAACAACAACAGCAGUAGCUGGGAUAAUGUUAUUCCAGCUACACACAGAGAGGAAAGAUGCUGAGUUUUAGUAUUUCUUAGUUUGGUAAAAAUGUUAUUACAUCUCGCCUGAUGAAUGUGUUAUUGAGACUGAAUCUCUGGAAGACUGUGAGUCAACUGCUUUCAAAACCUUGAGAUAACAGCCACAUUAGAUCUAGUAAAUCUAAUUUGAUAAUGAGCACUGAACACAAUCCAAAAUAUGAUGUGUAGGCACAGUGAAUAAGUACAUACACAGAUUAUGGUUAAAAGCAUCUGAUCACAACUGCACAUGUACUUUGCAUGUAGACACAGACUGAAGUAAGCCAGCCCUUGUAAAAAUCACAUUUAUAGUUGAUUUGCAUGGUUUGCAAAGGAAGAAGCACUUUUGUUGACUUUAUGACCAGAUCUUUUUCCAGGAAGUUCCAUGGGCUGGACUGCAUGGAAAAUUCUAGGCAGACGCUCAGGGGGAUGAUGGGUAUUACCAAGUGCAAAAUUUAUUGUCAGUAAGUGAAGCGUGUAUCUUGAGUUCCGAAUGUUGUGUACUGAAUGUUCGAUGGUUUGGCCAAGUCUUGUGAAGUGAUAGUUUGGUUAAACUCUUAUGCCAUGAGUAAACUGCUUUGGGUUAAGGUGAGGUUGCAUCUAGCUACAUGCUGAACAUUCACAAUUUCACAUUUAACUGGAAGUCAUUACCUUUCAAACCAAGUCUUUGCUUUUGGCUCUUUGUUAUAAGAUAUCCAUUUAGAUAUGCAAUAAAGAUGAACAGUUCAAUAAAGUGGUACUAGUAAACCUAACCCUGUCACUGGUGACUCUGUGGAUGUUAAUAGACCUGCUGUUUCAUCUAUGUCACUUCCUUUGCACACUCUGAGAAAAGGCUUAAAAGGGUGAUCAACUUUUGGUUGAGCAUUUCAUUUGAAGUUAAAAUAAAUAACUGGCAGUAUUAAUGGAAAUGCAUCAGACUUUGAGCACAUUACAAAUGUGGAUAAAAUGACUGUUAUCUAGCUAUUACUCUGACAACAGGGGAGAUGCACUGGGAGCUUUUAGCUGUGUGUGCCUAUAAACAAAUCAGUCACCUAAGCUUUGUUCAUGAACUAUCAAGUGAUCUGCACCUUUGGUCAAAAGUACACCCCCUAACUAACAGAAGAGCUCUGUUUUGUUUUUGUUCUUUAAUUAAUAUCUUUUCAAAUAUUCACUGAUAAAAUACAAUUUCUUCACAUUAGCACAAAAUGUUUUGGUGUGUCGUUCAGUUUUGUUUUAGAGUCAGAUCUCAGCAUCCUGCAUACAGCUCUCUCUCUCAUGUCUUGUGAAGAAUUCAUUUCAUGAAGAUUUCAUUUUUAAAUGCAUAUUUAACAGCUAAAUGUAGAUGUAAUUUCAGAUUUAAAUUCAUAUUUCUCAAAAUAUGAACAGUUGAAGUUCAGUAACGGUGAGGUUAUGGGUGAUUAAAAUCUGUAUGGAACAUGUCAAGGUGAUUCUUUUCAAAUGAAAGCUCCUUCGAACAGAUGCUUUGUCCUGGUCACAGUGACAAAGGUGUGCAAAUGAAAACCUUUGACGAAAGAGUCCACAGCUCAGUCUCUGGUUAGAUAGAGAACAGCACCUGGUCAAUGUGACGCAGAUCCAAAGCAUCUGUUUUCAUUGUCACUUUGCUAAUGUCUCAAUGACUGAUAUCAAUAGCUCUAUUUUCCAUUCUCUUUACUGUACUUUGCCAUUAUUUGAAGCGUAAUGUAUAUUUUUAUAUGUCAAAGGAAAAAUAAGUGGAAAAUAAACAUGAAUGUGUUUGU